CUGACCGAGAGCAACAUCAUGUCACAACCACACCAAAAGUCAUUUCAGCAAGAAGCAGACAAUGUCGAAAGUCUCCAGCGUUACGAGUCACCCAUGCGCUCCCCGGUUGCCGGAUCGGUAGGCGGAGGCACUGCCUCUGAUCUUGGUCCCUUUUUAGACACCGAUUCUGAACUGUACCUCUACGCCAAUGUCCCCUCUCCAAUGAACUCUGUUGUUGCGUUUGACAAUCAUUCCUUGGCGGAGAUCGUCAAUUCGACGGGCACCCCUUCUGCCUUCGUCGUGGAUGACAAUGAACACAGAAAGGAUCCGGAAUACAAGAAGGAUCUCAAAAGCGAGGUUCUCGUCAAUUGGCUACACUUGCAGCAGGAAGAGCGCCUUUGGACCACUGGGGGCCCAAAUGAGGGCGUCUUUCUCAAAAAGUCCAAGGGUUCGUUCGUCUGCUGUCCUGCCCAAUUGCAACCAGAGUCUUCCGCUCUCUACCAAGCGUUGGGUCAGCUUGGUGCGCGGGUCGCCAUGACUGUAAACACUCGAGUCAUCAAACUCCUCCUGGCACGGAACGAGCAGCCUUGGGUUCAGAUCAACAAAGGCCUCCGUCUGCAGAUCAUUCCUGAUAUCACAUCCUUGCCAUACUGCCAGAAGUACCAGUCCGCUGCUUUUGUCGCCUCCUCGCAGUUGCUUUUGGUGUGGGAGGAUGAUCCAAAGAGCUUGCUAGAUCGCGCUCAGUAUAUCCAGGACAACUUGAUGAAGAUGAUAUGGGGGAAAGAUCAGGCAAACCUCGAAGGUGAUGGGAUUCAAGAAACCAAGCUAGAGAAUGAGGAGUGGCGAGAAGUCCUCGAGGACGGCCCUCAGACUCCAGAAGAGCGCCCUUUGAUCCUUGUUCAGGCUUUCAGUGCUGCACUGACCGUCGCUCUAGUGCUUGCUGCGCUGGGGAGCGGCUGGAGGCAGAUUGCUAUCGAGAUUGCCAUUGACCGAAACUUCUACCGUUUGCUCUUGCUUCUCAGUACUGUCCCACAGAUUUGGCUUGCGUUAUUCUUCUUCCAAGCUCUCGUCGGCAAUGUUCUACAGAUCAUUGGCCCUACUGGUCAGGUCAAACGAAACACCAAGUUCUAUUCCGGAAAAGCCCCACCUCGAUUGUCAAUCGAUGUUCUCGGAAGUCUACCCCACGUCACCAUACAGAUGCCGGUGUACAAGGAAGGUUUGCAUGCUGUCAUCGAACCCACUAUACAGUCCAUCAAAGCCGCGAUAUCCACGUACGAAAUGCAGGGUGGCACUGCUAACAUCUUUGUCAAUGACGAUGGUAUGCAGCUCCUCCCCGAUGACGAGGCAAAGGCAAGGCAGGACUUCUACGACGAACACGGCAUUGGUUGGGUCGCACGACCCAAACAUAAUCCCAGUCCCGCGUCUUCAGAGGAACGUGUUUUCCAUCGUCGCGGGAAAUUCAAGAAGGCUUCCAACAUGAACUACGCAAUGGCCAUCAGUACUCAGGUUGAGGAGCUUCUGCUGAAGGUGGAAAGAGAUGAGGGCUGGACCCAGAGACGUGAAAAUGAUGCUUACAAUCAAGCUCUCAACCAAGUCAUCGGCGACCUAGAAGGCGAAGCUUGGGCGGAUGGGAAUAUACGCAUGGGCGACUAUAUUCUUAUCAUCGACAGCGAUACUCGAGUCCCCAAGGACUGUUUGUUGGAAGCCGUCAGUGAGAUGGAGCAGUCUCCAGAGGUCGCCAUCAUUCAAUAUACCUCUGGUGUCAUGAAUGUGACCGAGAGCUUUUUUGAAAAGGGCAUCACGUUCUUCACCAAUCUCAUCUACACCUCGAUUCAAUACGCGGUUGCCAACGGUGAUGUCGCACCUUUUGUAGGGCACAACGCAGUACUCCGCUGGGCCGCUAUGCAGGAGAUUGCAUACCAAUGCGAUUUGGAAAACAAGGAAAAGUACUGGUCUGAAAAUACCGUCUCGGAAGAUUUUGACAUGGCUCUACGCCUCCAGACUGCCGGCUACAUUGUGCGCUUCGCAGCCUAUCAAGGUCAAGGGUUUAAAGAAGGUGUUUCCCUUACCGUCUACGAUGAACUUGCCCGCUGGGAAAAAUACGCAUACGGCUGCAACGAACUCGUCUUCCACCCCCUCCGCUCAUGGCUCAUCAAAGGCCCCUUCACCCCCCUCUUCAUCCGGUUCAUUACCUCCCGCAUGCCCAUCGGUGCAAAGAUCACAAUCAUGGCUUACAUCGGGACCUACUACGCCAUCGGCUCCGCCUGGAUUCUCACUAUGCUCAACUACUUUCUCAUGGGCUGGUUCAACAACGGAUAUCUCGAUAAAUUCUACCAAGACAGCUUCAGCAUCUACUUCUCGCUCGUCGUCAUCUUCACCGGCCUCGGCAACGUUUCACUCGCUAUACUGCGAUACCGCAUCAGCGAAGGUGGGGGUUUAAUCCGCAAUUUCUGGACAAACUUCAAAUACGUCCUCAUUCUCGUCAUUUUCCUCGGUGGUGUAUCCAUCCACGUCUUCCAAGCCAUCCUCUCGCACUUCCUCAGCAUCGACAUGUCGUGGGGUGCUACCGCAAAAGAAGUUGAGGCCGUGCACUUUUUCGAGGAGAUCCCCCGUGUACUGAAGUCGUUCAAGGGAACUUUUCUGUGGGCACUCGCCAUGACGGCAGUUAUGAUUUAUCUGGCCGUUGGUGUGCAUGAAUUCUGGAGGAUUCGGGACUUGGUAGCGAUUUACCCGAUGGCUAACAUGAUUGCUAGUCAUGUAUUGCUGCCGGUGCUCUUGAAUCCUAAUCUAAUGCUAUUCACGUGGUGA